GAAUCAUCAGUACAAAAGAUGAACAACUGUGUUAGAAAAUAUCUGGACAUGUAAACAAUCUGACAUCAGUUGGAUGAGGAAGUAAAGGUCACUGCAAACAAAGUGUUCAGAGCAGGUUGAAGCCCUGACUUUUGACUUGCAGGCAGCAUUUCUGCAUACGAUCAACUCAGGUUUUGGAACUUUGACUCUGUUUAACAUCCGACUUCAGUAACAGAAAACCAGAAAAAGCAGAAUUUGAAUCUUUAAACUUAAUUCUCAAAAACUCAAACUUGACAACGUAAACUCGUCGGCGUUCUUACAAACUGAACAGUUGAAAGGUUUUUCUCUUGUCUGACAUUUUAUCUGCUUCUAUAGAUGUAACAAAUGUUUCACCACACUCAGAACAACUGACAGGUUUCUCUCCUAUAUGAAUCAUCAUGUGACUUUUCAGAUUUGUGUCGUGUAGACGAAUCUUUUGCCACCAGGAAGCUGAUGGGAAGUAACUGAGUACAUUUACUGAACUGCAGAGGAGUAGAAAGUACAACAUCUCCCUCUGAAAUACAGUGGAGGGGAAGUAUCAUUCAAUUCAAUUCAAACUUUAUUUCAGAAUCACAACAGGGUCCAUAGCAUGUAAAAAGAAAAAUGACAAGACAGACCAGAUAAAACUACAAAAAGCUCAUAUGUAGGUUAUUUCGCCACUUGUAGGAACACCUGAGAGCAGCAACCUCACAGCAUCAUUAUAAACCACUAUGAGCUGCAUACAGAGACAUUUUAUAUUGACAGAACACACUAACUGGUCUGAGUAUAUAGUUUACAACACAUAAAUAUCUCUGUCAUCAUUUAAAUCAUCAGUGAAAGUAGCAUCAAAUAGAAAUACUCGUGUAUAAGUACCUCAAAACUACAUUUGAGUAACUUCUCUACUUUCCACCACUGUCUAUAUAUCCGUUUAAUACACACGGGACAACGUCCUUAGUUUGAUGGUAUUUAUUUAUUUGUCAGCAGGUGGAGGUGGAUGUUUGCAGGCAGCGGGGGGAAAGAAGAGGCUGCAGCCGUCACACAGAGCGCGAGGAGCGGCAGGAAGAGGAGGAGGAGCUCGGUUCACACUUCCGCUCUGCAAGAAUGUCUAAAGUCCAAAUGCUGAGCGCGUCGGUGAAGCAGCGGCUGACUGCUGCUGCCGAGGAGAUCAUUCUCCUGUUUGAGAGAUCGAUAGCAGAGUACGAGGAGGAGAUCGAUCGGCAGCGCAGACUGCUGCAGCUGCAGGUGAAGCCGGAAACGACCAGAGCAGAUGUCUGCAAACUGAUUAUCAGAAAAGAGGAGGUUCCCCCUGAGCAGCAGGACCCAGAGCCCCCACACAUUAAAGAGGAACAGGAGGAACUCUGGACCAGUCAGGAGGGAGAGCAGCUUCACGGACUAGAGGAGGCUGAUAUCACCACAUUUACACUCACUCUUGUUCCUAUGACGAGUGAAGAUGAUGAAGAGAAACCUCAGUCCUCACAGCUUCAUCAAAGACAAACUGAACAGAUGAAAACAGAAGCUGAUGGAGAGGACUGUGGAGGAUCAGAACCAGAUAAACAUUUACAACCAGUUAGUGAUGACAAGACUCAUGAAUCUUUUGAACUUGAGACUAAAGUCAAGGAAGAUGAUUGGAGGGAGACCAGCGAACCUCAGUCAGUUUUAAACUUUCUGAAAAAUAAUGGCUGUAACACUGGUGAGAAACCAUUCUGCUGCUCUGAGUGCGGUAAAAGAUUCAGCCAAAACUCAAACCUGAAGACGCACAUGAGAAUUCACACAGGAGAGAAACCGUUCAGUUGUUCAGUUUGUGGUAAAAGAUUUAUACAAAAGGUACAUCUGACACACCACAUGGCACGUCACACGGGGGAGAAACCGUUAAGUUGCGGUGUUUGUGACCAAAGAUUCGCUUGGCAUUAUCAGCUCAAAAACCACAAAUGUGUCGGUGAAUCCUCACAGCUUCAUCUCAGCCAAACUGAGGAGAACAGAGAGGCAGAACCUCCAGCCAGCAGCUCAACUGAACAGAUGGAAACAGAAGCUGAUGGAGACGACUGUGGAGGAUCAGAACCAGCCAGACAUUUACAACCUGAUUCUGUUGGCAAAGCUUCACACCGUUCCUCACCUGGAACUGUCUUCCCUGUGAGUGAUGUGGGACUAAAUAAUGGCAAGAAACCAUUUAGUUGCUCUGAGUGCGGGAAAGCAUUUGGUCGAAAGACGCAUCUGAGGGAACAUCUGAGAUGUCACACGGGAGAAAAGCCUUUCAGCUGCUCUAUUUGCAAGAAAAGUUUUUCAUGGAGGAGACAAUUACUGAGACACAUGAGAAUCCACACGGGAGAGAAACGAUUGAACUGCAGCGUUUGUGACAAAAUGUUCAGUUGGCAUUAUCAGCUCAAAAUCCACCACUGCGUCGGUGAGUCCUCACAGCUUCAUCAGAGCCAAACACAACCUCAGUCAGGUUUAAACUCUAUAAAAAGUACUGAAGUCCCUGUAAUCGAUACAGGAUGUAACACUAAGAAAACCUUCCCCUGCUCUCGGUGUGAUAAAGUAUUCGGCUAUAAGGACUCUCUGCUGAGACACAUGAGGUGUCAUACAGGAGAGAAACCGUUUUGUUGCCCAGUUUGUGGUAAACGAUUUCGAGAAAAGGGAAAUAUGGGACAGCACAUGGUGGUCCACACCGGGGAGAAACGUUUCAGUUGCAGUGUUUGUGACCAAAGAUUCAGUUGGCGUAAACAGCUGAAAAAACACAAGUGCGUCGGUGAGAAGCAGUAAAUGAACUUUGCACUCUUGAGUUUGGUUGAAUCUCCAGCAGCUCAGCACGGAAACACAAAGGGGAACUUUUGUUACUGGAACUGCAACUUUGUACAUACAGCAGACCCAAAGAUGCUGCACAACAUGAUGUUUCCCAGAUCAACAGUAUACACAGCAAUAAAAUACAUUUCUUAUCUAAAUAAAAAAACAUGAUCAAU